AUGGCAGCUGCUUCUUUCCAUGCUCGCUCCAACAGUUUGCCUGCUAGAUCACACCCUCUAGUUUCUGAGAUCGAUGAGCAGGUUUGCAGGUUGAGACAAUCUCAAGCUGCUUCAACAUCAUCGUCAUCCAUAGGCCGGAAUCUAAAUGGUCUUCAGGAUGUGUAUGAUUGUGUUGACCAGUUGCUCCGACUUCCAACAACCCAACAAGCCUUGAUCAAUGACCAAAACUGCUUCAAUGAGCUAUUGGAUGGAUCUUUGAGGAUCUUGGAUCUGUGCAACACAGCCAAGGAUGCCUUGUCCCAAAUGAAAGAGUCAGUCGCGGAGAUUCAAUCCGCUAUUCGCAGAAGGCAAGAUGGUCUGCAAGGAGAAAUCAGAAGAUACCUGAAAUCCAGAAAGACUGUCGUCAAAGCUAUCCAGAAGGUCUUGAAGGGUAUGGUUAGCAAGAAAUCUACUUCAUCCAACAAUGUCGAGACCGUCUCCAUGUUGAACGUUGAGACCGUCUCCACAUUGAAGGAAGCUGAAUCUGCUGUUGUUAAGGUUUUGGAGUGCUUGUUGACAUUCAUUUCUCAAACGAGCUCCAAGCCAAGCAGCUGGUCAUUAUUUAAAAGGGUUGCAGCAGUAGCAGCAACCGAGAAUGAAUUCUCAGAUGUCGAUGCUGCCUUGAAGAUGAACAACUCAGGUGAAGAGGUCCAAGUUCAACUCAAGAACUUGCAGCCAUGCAUUCAAGAUCUCGAGGAAGGAGUUGAGAGCCUCUUCAGGCGUUUGAUCAAAACGAGAGCCUCGAUUCUCAAUAUCCACAAUCUGUAG